AUGCAAUGUUUGGACGAAGCAGAAAUUACUUUACCAGUGAAAGAUCAAUCAACAGUAUUACCGAUUCCAGACAGAACGGUGGCCAGGCCAAAGAAAAGAGUGUUAGUAGAAGAGACAAGUGACGGUAGUUCUUCUAAAAAACAAAAAACCAGUAAGAACCCGUAUAUUGAUGAUGAGGCUGACUGUUCCGACGACAAUUUAAAUAAUGACAAUGAAUCUGGAGCGGCUCAAGUAAAUGAUGCCGUCAAGACAAAAGAAGCUGCAGUGGACCACGGAAAACGGGUUGAUGCGCAUAGUGAUUCCUGUGGCUCCAGAGCUGCCUGA